CAAAAGCUCACUCACUCCACUCCUUUCCUCUCUCUCUCAUCCUCUCUCCCCCUUACGAGCUGGGAGCAAAGGUCUUCGCCAUACCCGCCUCCACAAUGCUCCGCCAGCGCCUCGUCCAGGCACUCCGAACCCGCGGCGGAUCAGCCACCGGUCCGAGCCGGUGGACCAGCCCGGGCCACGAGGAACGACCCAAAGGCUACCUCUUCAAUCGGACCCCGCUCCCCCCAGGUCAGUCUCGUAAAUGGGAGGACUGGGAGCUCCCCUGCUACGUCACCAGCUUCCUCACCAUCGUCAUCCUCGGCGUCGGCCUCAACGCCAAGCCCGAUCUCACCAUCGAGACUUGGGCCCACCAGAAGGCCCUCGAACGGCUCGAGAUCGAGCAGGCCGGCCUCUCUGUUGCUGGGUCGGCUGAAUCUGACUGAAAUCCGAUCUGGGUAUGCCGGUUCGUUCUGAUAUCGAUCCUUUUUUUUAAGAGUUGAAAUGGGUUUUCGGUUGUUGAUAUGAUAUGUAGUUGAAAUAAUGGUUUGGGAUGUUUAAUUGGGCUUUUGAUGUGAAGCUUGAUUAUUACUUCAUAAUUUAGCUGUUUUUCAAUUAUUUGUAUGUUUUGACUCGUCGAUGAUUUCGAAUAGUUCAUCAAUUUCUUGCCUCUAAUACAGUUUUUUAUGCUUGUAA